AAUUUUUAAUUACAAUAUAUCAUUUCAUCGGAGCUCCAACGACAAAUACUUAUCGAAGGCAUCGUUAUUAUAUAUGAGGGAAAAAUCGUCUAUUAAUAUCCCCUUCACAGGGUGUACUAUUAUUGUUGCUAUUUUUAUUUUUUCAUGGAGUUGAUUUGCCCAAAUUCCUGGCAGAGGUUCUAGGGUUUGGAACAGUGGAGAUGACGAGAAAAACGAGCUGUUGUGGUAUUUGUGAGAAUUCAAAUCUACCUUCCGUUUGUACUCUUUGCGUCAAUUACAGAUUGAAUGAGUACAGCACUGUGUUGAAAUCACUGAAGGGGAGGAGAGAAGCAUUAUGUGGGCAAUUAAGUGAAAUACUCUUGGCUAAGGGCAAGGCCGACGAUCAACUUAGUUGGAGGGUGCCUCGGAAUGAAAAAUUGGCAAGAUUAAGGGAAAAACUCCGACAGCAAAAGGAGCAAGUUUCACAAGGGAAGGCGAAAAUUGAGAAGAUGUCUCAUGACCUGAAAGUGCAGUACGAGUUGCUAGGAUCAGCAACAAGGAUGCUGGAAAAAAAUCGUGCGGAGCAACUUGAGAAGUUUUAUCCUAAUCUUAUCUGCACUCAGAAUCUUGGACAUAUGGCAAUUACCUCUGAGCUUCUUCAUAAACAGUCUGUGGUUGUAAAGCAGAUUUGCAAGUUAUUCCCUCAACGUCGUGUAACAAUUGAUGGAGACAAAAAAGAUGGAUCUAGUGGCCAAUAUGAUAGCAUCUGUAAUGCAAGGUUGCCAAAAGGACUUGAUCCUCAUUCAGUUCCAUCUGACGAGCUGAGUGCUUCUUUAGGAUAUAUGGUGCAACUUUUGAACCUCGUUGUUCGUUGCGUCUGUGCUCCUGCACUUCAUAAUUCAGGAUUUGCGGGUUCAUGUUCUCGAAUAUGGCAACGAGAUUCUUACUGGGAUGCCCGUCCGUCGUCUAGAAGCGGCGAGUACCCACUUUUUAUUCCGCGCCAAAACUUUUGCUCUUCAGGUGGGGAAGCUUCAUGGUACGACAGAAGUAGCAGUAAUUCUGGAACUUCAAGUAACUUUGGAGUUACCUCGAUGGAAUCUGAUAGAAAACCUCGGUUGGAUUCUUCCAGUAGUAGUAGUUUCAACUAUGCUUCUGCUUCCCUGCACUCAAUAGAAACGCACAAGGAUCUGCAGAAAGGCAUAGCACUUCUCAAGAAAAGUGUAGCUUGCAUUACUGCAUAUUGUUACAACACAUUAUGUUUAGAAGUUCCUGCUGAAGCCUCUACCUUCGAAACAUUUGCAAGAUUGUUGGCUACACUUUCUUCUUCAAAGGAAGUUCGGUCUGUUUUUUCUUUGAAGAUGUCUGGUUCAAGGGCAUCCAAGCAAGUCCAACCACUGAACAAAUCUGUUUGGAAUGUAGAUUCAGCCGGAUCAUCUAGCACUUUGAUGGAGAGUGGACAUGUGCCAGUAUUGAGAAAUACAUUUGAAAAGUCUCUUCCAAGUUCUGGUGGCAAUUUAAUGUAUGCCACUGAAGUAUCCAAUGUAGGAAGGAAUGAAAAUUUAAUUGAAGACUGGGAUCUUAUUGAGCACCCUCCUUUUCCUCCUCCUCCAUCACAUACAGAAGAUGUUGAACAUUGGACCCGAGCCAUGUUUAUUGAUGCAACAAAGAAAUAAGCCACUUCUUGGAUGGCUACUUCAUUGUAUAUAGUGCCAGAGCUCAUGAAGACAUCCAAGGACGGAGAGAUGUUUCUGAGCUUCACCAGUCUCUUGGAGGAAAAUAGCUUGUAAAAUUGACUUUUAAGUUCAACAUUCAUGAGUUGUAAAUAGUGUUAAGGUGGUUCUAUCUUCGUGUAUGGGAACUGUAGGAUCUUUAUUUUACUAGCACCAUAUUCUCAUACAGCUUUAUAGAAAGCGUGACGUUGUUGCACCGUAGCAAACACACCCAUAGUUUGAUAAUAUGUUUUCACCACCUCUAUCCUCUACCCCCCUCUUGUUACAAAAUCGAUCUUCUAUGACUCUUAGCUAGAGAUCCUCAAGUCAUGGUAAGAUCAAUAAAUACAUGUGAUCUUUUAGUUUAAAUGUAUAGUUGAAAUAGGUAGAAAGGAUUUCAUCACUGUAUUUUAUAAAAGUUACAGCAUGAGCAUUGAACAUCCAAAUAGAAUAAGAUAGUUUUGCUUCAAUUGUCAAA